AGAUUUUUUCUAUAUAGAUAGCAAGCGGUAUAGGGAAUUAGGAAGGGAGUAGGACACUGAAAAUGCUAAUUGCCACACACACAAGAAGCACGGCACGGGGUUCCUCAGAGCCUGCCACACUUCCCUUGUGAAACACUGAAACCGAACUCCCCAAUCCUCAACUGGUACACUCUUCCUUUGCCUUGCUCUUGUAAAUUGUAACCUCCGUUAUUUAGGAAAGUCACUUAAACCACUCCAUUCAAAUUCCAUGAAUGCUAAUACUGUCAGACCGCUUCAAUUUCUAAGCAGAAACAGCGCAGGGGUUGCUCUUGCUUUUAGUCUCUGGGCUUGCCUCCUCGUCUUAGGCCCUCUCUUGGUUGCUUCAUAUGAUGGGCCUUUAUACAAUCACACUGCUUAUACCGAGUGUAAAAGCCAGCCAGAGAAGGCGCUUUACAAGGGAGGGAUUCUCAAAAGUCAUGCCGUAAACCGCAUUGGCGUUUCUGCAAGUAAUGCUAAUUCGCAGGCAUUGAUAUUGAACGAUCUCAGCCACGGCACAAUUUAUUCUUUCUCCAGUUGGGUUAAGAUCAAAGGUGCAGACUCGGCUCCCAUAAGGGCAAGCCUGAAAACAGAGAAUACGACCUAUUACUGUAUUGGGACUGUUUUGGCCCAGCGUGGAUGCUGGUCAUUUCUCAAGGGUAGAUUUGUUUUGAGCUCACCAUCUAAUUUCUGUGUCCUGUUCCUUCAGAAUCCGGACAAUAGAAAUGUCAGUAUAGAAAUUGCAAGUACUUCAGUACAGCCAUUUACCGAGGAACAAUGGAGAACAAGGCAGCAGUACAUGAUUAACAGUCAAAGGAAGCGUACGGUAACAAUCCAUGUCUCAGAUGGACAUGGAGAAGGGUUGCGAGGGGCAACUAUUGACAUAAAGCAAGUGUCAAAAGACUUCCCAUUAGGAUCUGCAAUAGCUCAGACCAUUCUCGGAAAUUUGCCGUAUCAAAAACCCUCCGUUGAUUUGUACAUCUCAAGGCUGAGAGAACUCGAACGUGAUGGUGUUUCAAUGGAUGGAAUUGGGCUAGAGGGUCACUUUGAUGUACCGAACUCUCCUCUAAUGAGAGCUACCAUAGACAGAUUGGCCACACUUGGGCUCCCCAUAUGGCUUACAGAGGUGGAUAUUAGCAACACUUUCGAUAAAGAACAACAGGCUAUUUACCUUGUGGAAGUAUUGAGAGAAGGCUUUUCACAUCCUUCUGUGAACGGGAUAAUGCUUUGGACGGCGCUCCAUCCUAAUGGGUGUUACCGAAUGUGCUUGACAGAUAAUAAUUUUCAAAAUCUCCCGGCUGGAGAUGUGGUUGACAAGCUUCUGAAAGAGUGGCAAACUGGGGAGAUCGAGGGUGAGACAGAUGUGCAUGGUUCUUAUAGCUUUCAUGGCUUCUUAGGAGAGUACCAAAUAAGUGUCAAAUAUGGAAAUAGGACUGCAAAUUCAACGAUCUCACUCUGUCGAGGUGAUGAAACUAAACAUUAUAACAUUCAGAUAUAACUCUUGUAUGCCCAGUACUCGCACCAACCCUGUAUUCAUGAUAGAAAUUGGUUUAGAAAACCUGUAGUUUCUGGGGAUAUAAAAAACUGUUAUCGGCUAUUGCAUUUAUGCGCAAAUUAUUCAAUAUACACUAGUUUCCUAUUAUUGUAUAAACGGUGCCUUUUUCUGGCUGAGUAAGCAGAAAAAUGUCCUCUCAAGGUGUUCAAUCAACAAUCCAACAUAAACAGAGCAUACCUGCCAUUUGGACUUUUCAAGAUGCAUUCUUGUAUCUCGAGACUUCUGCCUCUUUAAACUUCAAUUAAUUUAACUGCAUAUA